ACAUAGCGUAGUGCUUGUCGAUGAAAGCAGAUCGCUGUGUUUCCUUCUUGUUCAGCUAAUGGGCAGGUCUCAACAGUAAAGUUGAGACUCUUUCGAUGGAGGCUGCUUGUUAAAAGUGCAUUCUUCUUUAUUAAGUGGAAAAUAUCAUCCGAGCAGGCUCACAGAGCUACUGGAAAGGGACCGGUGCAAUCUGGUCAGCUGAGGUCAUUGCCCUGGAAUCUCCUCCAGUCUAAUUGCAGUGGAACAGGGCAAACCUCUGAUAGAAAGAGACAAAGUGGAAUAAGUUGCAUGAAGAUACAAACUGGUGGUCUAAGCACAGCAGUGGGUUAUCCGCUGGACACAGUGAAGGUGAGAAUUCAGACAGAGAGGAAUUACAAUGGGAUUUGGCACUGCAUUCGGGAAACAUACAGGACAGAAAAAGUUUGGGGAUUUUACAAAGGUGUGUCUGCAUCAGUGCUCGCAGUAUCAGUGAUUUCUUCUGUUUCAUUUGGCACCUACAAAAACUUCCUUUGUACCAUCUGCAAGCUCCGAUACGGGGCUGCAGAUGAGAAGCCAUCCAAGCUGGAUGUUUCUGUUGCUGGAGGCGCUGCUGGUGCUGUCCGGGUUGUGCUGAUGACCCCUAGUGAAGUGGCUAAGGUUCGCAUGCAGACUCAGAGGAACCCACAUCCUUCCCUCACAUCUCCCCAGUCUGUUUCCAAGCCAAAGUACCGAGGGUCUCUGCACUGUCUGAAGGUGAUUGCCAAGGAGGAAGGUUUUGGGGGUCUCUACAAGGGCUGCUCUGCAUUACUCUGCAGGGAUUGCUCUUCUUCUGCAAUAUAUUUCCUUACUUAUUCUGCUCUGUGUGAGUGGCUCACACCAGCUGGGAGAAAUAAACCGGGUUUUCUCGUUGUGCUGCUUUCUGGUGGUUUCGCUGGAGUCCUGGCCUGGGGAUUAGCUACUCCCAUGGAUGUCAUCAAAUCACGGAUGCAAACAGAUGAAUCGGACCAGCACAAGUACAAAGGCCUUGUCCACUGUGCUAGGGAAAGUGUGAGAAAGGAGGGUGCAAAAGUGCUUUUCAAAGGACUGGGUUUAAACUGCAUUCGUGCCUUUCCUGUGAACAUGGUGGUGUUUGUAACGUAUGAAGCUGUAUUGAGAUUUACAGAUCAUUAUACAAACAAAAAAUAGCUUGUGCCUGUUUGUUCAGAGGUGUAUUUUGUUUGUUUAUUUGUAACACAGCAUCCACAAAAGACUGCUGAAUCCUGUCUCCUUUGAUGGACAGCGUAAGAAGCAUACAAUUUCAGCAGAAAGCUGGAUGACUGACAGCUUUGAUCUAUUCUUAUAGGAUUAUAAACUCAUCAGGGAGUCUUGGAUUUACACACAACCUCCCUUUUUAGUUCAUUAAUGUAUUUAGACUGUAGCCACUGCUUAGGCCCUUGAAAUAUUUGAAAAUAUUUAUGUUCUAAAAAGCUGCUAGUCUUAUCAGAGAUUUUGGUAAAGGAUUCAUUCUGUUUUCUACCGGCACAGAAAAUGGCCUUCACAACCAGGGCAAGAGCUGGAGGGAGUUUGUGUAAGGUUUAACACUAUCCAGUAUGUGCUCUUUACAUGUCAUGCCUGCAUCGCAUUCACUGAGUAACUUACAUAUUUGUGCUUCAGGCUGCAACUCUUCCUUCCCAGCUGUAAUUUUCUCAAAGUAGUCUAUAAUUAUACCCCUUUGGUAGCAGCUGCAAUAUGAAUCUCCUUGCCUUUUCCUGUUGUUAUUUAAUUAGUGGCAGACAUUGUCUGUUUACAUAAUCGUGCUAAUGGCCUCAUUGAAAGUGAAACCAGGCAUGGGUUCCCGUAAGCCAUGUGAUUUUCUCCCCGUGCAACCCUUCGCCCUACAGAAUCCGUCCCCUCCCAGAUUUGGGCUUAUGGCACAGCAGCUCUUAGAGCUUGGCACAGCUUUGGAGACAAUCUGUUCUCAUCCUGGAAGGAGGGUGGGAAUAGAUGCAAAACCGAUUUGCUUCUCACAGGAAAGGCUGCCAUAAAAUCUGUGUACUGGCAGUGUUAGGUAAGUUACAAGAGAACUGCAAAGUUGUAGAGUAUAAUUAAGAUUUACAACUUUUAAAAAGUGCAUAUUCUUCUCCCUUUAAACUACAUUGUUAGGAGCAGCCAUAUUUUUUUUUUUUGGUCAAAGGUAAAUUUUGAAAGAAUUUCUGACUUUCCUAAAAAUUAUUUAUUUUUCACAAAGGCAUAAAGUUUCAUCAACAUGUCAGUUGAAAAAAAACCCAACACUCACACUACUGCUUCAGAAGGAAAACCCUUAAACCCAGAAAUACUUUAAUUUGCUCACCCCACCUCAAAAGCAGCAUGUAGGUUUUCUGUUUCAAUCCCUGGAUGACGGCACCUGGAGAGGACUGGAUCCAGUGAGCUUUUUGGAGGAAAAUGGGACGACUGUAUUUUUAAAGGAGUUCUCAUAUUCAGGGUUGAUGCCCUUCUGGUCCACAGGCAGUUUUAUCAGUUGAUAGCAUGGCUUUGACUAUACUGACACUAAUUUUGCAGCAGACAAGAUUUGUCAGCUACCCUGGACAUAUAAAAAAGGAUCUUGUACUAGAACAUGUUUUAAAAUUUCAGGUGCUACCAGGAAAGAAUAAAGGGGACCUUUUCCACCCCAGACAGAGACUAAUUAAAAGCUCCAGAACUGUCCUCCUGAUAUCUAAGACUUCAGCUGGCUUUUUAAACACUUUCAGAGCCAUGCUAUCAAACAAUCUUCGUAAUUCUUCUCUUGAGAGUCAACUCAGCUCUUGCAGCUGAUCCAAGAGCAAGGUUAGAAGAUGAGGCAGGUGCAGAGUAGGUCACCUUAAAGGGGAGUGAAAUGAAAGACCCACUACUAAACCAGAUUCUCUCCAAAAGUGCUUAUGGCCUCAGCAACCUACCACUCCCAGUUACACCUUGGGGCAUCAGCACCAAACUUCCUUUAGUCAGAAACUCCUUACAACAGAAGAUUAAGUCCUCAAGAUUUAGAAUGUCUCUUAAGAUGUCUUUUAAGAGUCCACUCCCCUCACCUCUUUCUACAAGGGAUGCAUUUAACCUAGUGCUUUCCCAGCUGGGUAGUGAUUUAUCCCAGUUCUACCUGGAUGUUUUCUGGAACCAAAAUCCUUAUAUUGUGUUAUUCUCAGCUGACCUUGUUAGCUGAGAAAAUAAAAGAAUGCCUGCAAAUCAGCAGUGUUGAUAAUAUCCAUAGUCAGCCCAAAGUCUGAAACUAAAGCAGCUCAGCUUUCUUAAUAGGGUCAUGCAUUCAGAUGAUUAGAAUUGUCUUAUUCUGUGGGUGUAACUGAAAUAAAGUCGGUUUCAAGAAGCAGGAAUUACAGAUGAAUUGUGAAAAUGAGUGGGAACAACUGCAGAAGCCAGUGCAAGGGUAUUCAGCAUCAUAUAAAAGCAGGUUCUCAUGUGGCCUGAACGAAUGCUACACUAGAGGCAAGUUGUAUCUCCAGGCAGCUUGUUUCAGGAAGGUAACUGCUUCUUUGCAAUCCAUCCCAUUCACAAACCUUUACUGGAAAAAAAAUAUAUACACAGCAUAUGGGUGAGAACCUGCCUUAGAGCGAGAACUCACGGCUAAUUCACCCUGAUGCAAACUACCAGCAGGUACAGGAAUUGACUAAGUACUGUAAACACAGGCACAUAAAUAUUAACCAAAUUCUGUUUAAUGACAUGGCACACUGUACGUAUUAUGUAUUUCACUACAUACACACCAAACUGGGUGGUUGCAUUCUGGAUUUCAGAACCUGACUGCUCUGUUUUCUGAUUUCUUUGUAUUACCUUGACCUUCAACAACUCUGAUAAUCACAGAACUAUUUAUUCUGACAAAUAAGCUAGCUGAAGGCCAGCUAACAGAAUGAAGACACCACAUUUGCUGUGCUGAUACUGGGUUUACAUUGCUAUAGGGACUGCAGGUUGUUUAUAGAUUACUUCUAUCAGUAACAAAGUUGGUGGCCUUGGAAAAAAUAAAAGUUUCUUUAGAAGGCACAUUCUGCUUCAUGUUUUCAUGUCACUAGUAAUUCCUGUUUUCUCUGACAAUCUUUAUGAAUAUCCAAGUAGGUUUCAGCAUGCUUCUUGGUGACUGUCAAAGAGCCAUGUGAAGCUAUUCAGAAUCUGUGCUCUUCAGACAACAGCAAUUGUGGAGUAUCAUGUUUCCACUUAAGUGCCAGUCUUUAUGCCAAACCUACUGAAGUGUCAUUGUAAAUGGGUCACAGCGACCUUCUCCUAUUUCUGAGCGGGCUGCUGUACACUGGGAAGUACAACAUUCAGUCUUGCUUGCCACCAGUUAAUCUUUGGACAACUGACCCUUAUUAGCUCAUGCUGGGAGCAAUCUGAAGACUACCUGGUAGGAAUGGAUAAAGGGGAGUAUAAGGCACCCUAUUUCACUAUGUGAAAGGCACUGGACACCAAAACAAGGACCAGCUCCAUCAGAUGACUAAAUCAACACCUAAAUGGUAGGAAGAGAGCUCAAAAACAGAGUAUGUGUAAAUUAAGUCUUUUAAAAAUUAAAAAAAACCCCAAAUAACAUCAAAGAAGUUUGAUACAGACUUUUAUCUACAUUUUUAUUCCAGAGAGAUGAACAAAAUAUGAGCAUAUUGAGGAAAAUGUAAUGAACACUGCCUGAUAACAUUCUUAGACACUUCAGACGUGCUUUUGAAGACUGUCUUGUCUUGACUUAAAUACCUCUGGGACACUGCAAUUACAACAGACUUAGGAAUUUGCCAAGACUCCUCUGAGAAACUGUAUAAUUUCAGAAGCAUGUUUGUAAGAAUUCACCAGAGUACUUGAGUAAGGUGCUUGCUGAGUAAACAGAUACCAAGUAAUUUUGCUAUCGCUUUCCUUUCUAGAACUUUCAAACCAGAUUUUAAUUGCCAUGUUA